CAGCAAACUCUAAGGCAUAUGAAUCGAUGAUGCCACACGUUAGUCACCAUCGUCUUGGCCCCCAGAACGGAACACAACCAUCUUUCACCAUGGCCUCCAGCACGGAACAAUUCAGGGUAUACUCGGAGCAAUGUAACCCCAUCUUCGGCACCUCACCAUCGCUGGAGCUACUUCACGAGAACCAUGAGUAUCCAUUUGCCCACGAGGCCGGCGUCUUCAUAGCGCAAGACAACACACUCUUCGUUACCAGCAACCAGUUCAAGGACCCGGCAACUGGUCAGCGGACCAUCAAAAUCAACCGAGUAUGCUUGCCCGCAGACCGAAAAUGUGCGUCGGUUGUCUGCGAAGAGAUCGAGGCACCGGAUGUGCCAAUGGCAAAUGGCGGUGUCAACUACCGUGACGGCAUCCUCUUCUGUGCUCAGGGGACGCUCACAUCACCGGGCGGCCUCGUGCUGAUGGAAGCAAAGCCUCCUCACAAAUGUUCCUCGAUCAUCAGCUCGUUCCACGGCCGACCGUUCAACUCUGUCAACGAUGUGGUUGUACAUUCAGAUGGGAGCUUGUGGUUCACUGAUCCGAUAUACGGCUAUGAGCAGGGCAUACGCCCCAAGCCUAGGCUGCCCAGCCAGGUAUAUCGGUUCGAGCCGGCCACUGGAUCAAUCCGCGCCAUGGUAGACGGCUUUCAGAGGCCGAACGGCAUCUGCUUCAGCCCAGAUGAGAAGACUGUCUACGUGACGGAUACGGACUGGAUACAUGGAGAUGGUUCAACCGAUGACGCACGCGUCUCGCACAUCUAUGCAUUCGACGUCACUCUCUACUCAGGCCAGCCGUUCCUCACCAACCGCCGACUGUUCGCGAUGGCCGACGCAGGUGUCCCAGACGGCAUAAAAUGCGACACGCAGGGCAAUGUGUACAGCGGAUGUGGUGAUGGCCUCAAUAUUUGGUCUCCUGGUGGCGUCCUGCUCGGUAAGAUCCUCGUGGAUGGCGGUGUGGCAAACUUCUGCUUCGGCGUGCGUGGCGAGUUGUUUCUACUGAACGAACACAAGAUCUGGCGAGCACAGCUGCAUGCAGACAUCAAGGGAGAUCUGCUGCGAAUAUAGGGGCAGAUGGUGCACGCAGAAAUGAACCUCGAGUUCAGUCCCUCUCAGUCCGGCAAUAGUCCGGUAUCGUGAAACCAAUGCCCUCGUUUUCACCAUCUUUGCUUCCUUCAGCUCCAAGAAUUGCUCUCUUGCCCUUUCUCAUCCAUAUUUUUAACAAGAUGACGCUGUCGUAGGUCUCACAGUGAUUGGACAAUUUCACACUGCGCGAGCUCCAGCCAUUCUUAUGAAUAGUCUAAAAGCAUGAAAAUAAUAAACUUGCCAAAAUAAUUUCCAAUAA